GCGAGUUUUGUGUCAGUUUCGAAGUUAAACGCAUAAACAAUGUCUGGUAGAGGAAAGGGAGGUAAGGGCCUGGGAAAGGGUGGCGCCAAGCGUCAUCGUAAAGUUCUUCGUGACAACAUUCAGGGUAUUACUAAGCCGGCUAUUCGCCGUCUUGCCCGCCGAGGUGGUGUCAAGCGUAUCUCCGGUCUGAUCUAUGAAGAAACCCGUGGUGUGCUGAAGGUGUUUCUGGAGAACGUUAUUCGCGAUGCCGUUACCUACACGGAGCACGCCAAGAGAAAGACCGUCACCGCCAUGGAUGUCGUGUACGCUCUCAAACGCCAGGGCCGCACUCUGUACGGCUUCGGCGGCUAAGCGUGAAAGCAACACCGAGUGAAUCUAUAGACCCAAAGGCUCUUUUCAGAGCCGCCCAUUUCG